AUGCCCAUCCCUCCAGGCUACUACAUCGGCUGCGACACAGUGACCAACCUCGACCCUGAGGAUGCUCCCUGCCCGGAGGGCAUGUACCAACUACACAUGUUUGUGCCGGUCACCGGGGUUUUCCUCACCCUGGAGGCCCUUCUAGACGCCAUGCUUAUAGAUGUGAAAGCGGGCGAGGGAUUCGCCGCUCGCAACAUGAAUGCGCGUGUGGGAGGGGUCUGGUUCCGGUUCAAUGUGACCGAAGAGGGACUUGACGGGCCCCGAUUGCACCUGGAAGCGAUGGCGGAGCUGAAGUCGCGGAUCCUGCGUUUGAUAGAUUUGGAUUGAAUGGUAGGAUUUUGCAUGAGUAGGGUACCUUGACUAUGGGGUUGUCUGUUCUUUCUUUCUUUUUGUGGUUCUUCUUUGUCCUAUUGAGUGUUUUCAUGUUGCUGUCCGAGUCUUUGCGUAUAGUGAGCAGGGUAUAAAUACCCAUGAUGCCCACUGUAGAUCCGUC